GCUACAUCAAAACGCCCGAGGUUGCCUUGACAACAACGAAUGGCUAUCAAGCUCCCAUGCCGAUCAAACAUCCUCACACUGCCAUGAAAUCGUGGCGGGCAGCCGAGGAUGUCAGUGACUCAACGCCGAGAGAGCGAGCCCUGAAGAGCGUCAGUUUCCAGGAAUCGGUCAGCGUUAUCACCGACAGGCCCGCAAGCAUGGAGCUGGAGAGCCAGCAGAUGCAACAUGGCUGCUUCGGCAGUCCCAACGACCGAGCCCACGGUGAAGAAGAGACUCCGGACAGCGAGGUGGCUCAGGAGAUCCGUUACCUGGACCAGGUGUUAGACGCAGCCUCUGAAACACCCACUAAUGGAACCUCGUGUCCGUCAGAUCACCACAAACCAAUCAGCGUUGACAGAAGCUCCCCCUCUGUCUGUGUGUCAGCCUCCCCUCCUGUCAAUCACCAGCCGCUCAUAGUGGAGGGACACAGACAGACAACGUUCGUCCACCAGGACGACUCCCUGGUCAGAACCAACGGGCACGUGCAGGGGGAGGAGUCGGGGCCCGGCAGGGCGAAGUUUGAGCUGAGGGCGUUUCAGGAGGAGAGACGGCCCGCAAAACUCUUUUCACCCGGAGAGGAGCAGCACAUCAGAGUGACGAGGACACGACCCACAGAGGAGGUUCACGAGUUGGAGCGUGAGCGUCAGGAGCUGAUCAAAGACCAGGCUGUGAAGAAGAAUCCAGGCAUCGCCAGCCGCUGGUGGAACCCUCCUCAAGAGGUUCCUUUGGAGGAGCAGCUGGAAACUGACCAGCUCGAGUCGCUCAAGAAAUACCAGGAGAGGAAACAGCAGAGGCAGAAUUAUACCUACACAUACACACAGCCACAGGUGACAGGCCCUCCGUCAGUGGUGACCUUUGACCCCGAGCUGACCAGGAAGGAGGACAUUCUGGAGAAGCAGAUUGACUUCUCCUCUGCCAGGAGGCAGUUCCUGCUGGGGGAGACGACAAGGAAGGACGUAGCUCCUCAGAUAUAUUCGGCCAAACCUUUCUCGAAAGCCUCAACCAGGAGCAGCCAGGGGAGCGCUGACGUCGUCGCUGACACCGGAGAGAGUCACGUGACCUGGUCUGAUGAAGGAAUCGCAGGUGAAUUCACGUGCGCACGAGCCGUCAUGAAGAUCCUGCGUGAGGAAGAGGAAGGGAAGGGUCAUUUCCUGCCGCCCUACAACCCAGAGGAGUCCGACUCGGGGUUGGACGACCUAUCUGUCCGCUCUCAGGACACCACGGUGUUUAGCUUGGAUAAUGUUUCCGACAGCGGGGCUUCGCUCCCCCCUACCCCGCUGCCACUGACCCCGGUGUCACCUUCCACCCCCCAGCCCACCACACCAGUCAACGGGCAGGCCAAUGGCAGUCCAACAGAAGACGAGCUGGAGUUUCACGCCGGGGUGCUCGUCCAAAGCGCCAUCCAAAAUGCCCUGGCGGCUCAGAACGACGGGGAGUGGCAACAAUUGGACUUGGAUUCUUCCCAGUUCAGCACUCCGGUGUCUCCAUCCUCAGCUUCCACCAGUAGUCCAGUGCCAGUCUCCGUCUCCCCUGUGUCUUCUGGUGGAGCUCCGAGUCUCCAGUCGCCUGUUUCCUCCAGUCCAGCUCCAUCCAACCCGUCCCCUCUGCCAGAAAGGUCUCCAGAGGUGAGAGUCACUCCCGAAGAGAAACCGUCAGACUUCCUGGAGACUCAGCAGCCACAACUCCAGACUCCUUCCCUGCCGCCAUCUCAGACUGUCUCCCCCCCGCAGAGAGCCAAAAACGGGGGCCCCAGGAUCAAAAUCCAGUCCUCUUACGCCAGGGCGCUUGCUUCCUCAUCUCCGGCUCAAGCUCCUGCCUCAACCGCUCCCGUCUCCAGGCCGACCCCAGUUUAUCGCCCACCUUCCCCUCCGAGCCCGGAGAAACCAGAGUUCAGCUACUUCAGUAAGUACUCCGAGGCGGCCGAGCUGCGCAGCACGGCUGUGGCAGCACGAUGCCCCGAGCCGGAGGCGGCGGCCAGCGGCCCGUUCCGCCUGCGCUCCAAGAAGCAGCGAACAUUGUCCAUGAUUGAGGAGGAGAUCCGAGCGGCUCAGCAGAGGGAGGAGGAGCUAAAGAAGCAGAGGGAGACGGUGCCCCUGGUGAAAGUCCGGCCCAGCAACGCGUCCAGCAGCGGCCACGGCCCUGCGAGGACAGGGAUGAAGAAAACCACCAUUUCUCCAGCAGAUAAGAUGAAGAGCAACAGUCUGCCAACUAGACUCACACUGACAGCGAAGACAGCUCCGGGAAAGAUCGAGAAGGUCCGACCGGUGCCGCCCGUCUCGCCCUCGCCCUCGGAGGGAGCCCUGUCCGACGCCGGCAGCGAGGACUCCGGGGGAUCACGACCCAGGAACUACAUGCAGACGCUCAUGGAAGACUUUGAAUCCAACAAGGUGAAGAGGAGGGAGAAGGUAGAAGACAACAGUGUUCUGGAGGCCACUCGUGUCACCAGGAGGAAAAGCGACAUGGCGCUGAGGUGGGAAGCCGGCCUCUACGCCAAUGAGGAAGGAAAGGAGGAAGAAGAGGAGGAAGAGGAGGAAGAGGAGGAGGAGGAGGAAGAGGAGUAAAACGGCUCCUUUGGAGAGACGGUGAAGGGACUUGGUCGGAAGGAGGAGGUAGAGGAGGAUGAAGGAAGAAAUGCAAACAAAAGGACAAAGAAAAGAAGGAAACAGUAUUUAUUUUACUUAUAGUAUUCUGAUGAUCACGUGAACCGCCGGCUCGACCGAUGGCUCUCAUCGAGGAGAUCGAUUUUUGGACCUGACGACUGAAGAGGAGCUAAAAGACGAAGAAUAUGUGAGAGACAUUUGAAGUGUUGCAGUGAGUGACACUUUGAAAAGGGUUUUAUGGUUUAAGGACGUUCUGCAGAGGUUUAUAUGGGACAGAAGGUUUUUUACUGGCUGGUAGACGCUGAAUGACUUAAGUAUUCAUAGGACUUUUCACUUUCUAGUUGACAUGCAGGCUGAGAUCUAAAGAUUUUAUUACGACAGGUCGCCUGAGACCUGAUGAGAAUGAUGGUUUCUGGCGAUGUGAGCUUGAUGAUAAACCGCAGUGAUCUUUAGAAUGUGUGGGAAGAUGAUGCAGUAGAUGAGCGGGUGUGUGCUGAUACUGGUUUUGAUGGUUUUGAUGCUAGUGCAGAGAGGAUGUGAUGUUUAACAGGAUUCUAACCCAAGCAUCACUUUCCGAACCUGCAAAGUUUUAACAGCCUGUAUCCUGCGGUGCCACAGCCCAUCACAGAACAGUAAUAACACACAGACAACACGUCGCUCUGAGCUUUCCCUUUCAAGCACCUGUAUUAAAUCUCAAGUGGCGACUCGAGGCUGCUGCACACUAGAGGACGUUCAGGGUGAUUAUAGACCCAAUUUGCCCUUUACGACAAUCGUGGGGGCGUUUCAGCCUGGACAUCACUUGAUGCCGAUUGUCUGCUCAAAUAAUCCUGAAGAGGGAGGUGUUCACAAAAUAAUCGUAAUUCCACCGGUUGAGUCUGAGUCUCCAUGAUCUCGAAUCGAUUCAAGAUCAUGUUUGAUAAUUUACGAUAAUCAGCUCCUCCAGAAACCCUUAAUAGCGUGAGAGAAAGAGAGAGAGAGACAGAGAGACAGAGAGACAGAGAGACAGAGAGAGAAUGUUGUUUUUCUUCUGAAGUCACGUUUAUCAAACUCAAAAUGCGCCUAAAAGUUCUUUGCCAACCGCCAUAAAUGAACUGAAGAAGAAGAAGAAGAAGAUAUUCCAAGUUUCUGUGCGAUUUCAAGUCUCUGGAAAUCGCCACUGUAAAAUCGUCUCCUACAAACUGCAACUGUGUGGUCUGACGUUGUGGCCAAAUCAUCAAGUGUAUGCGUUCUAAGAUUCUAAUCAUGUCUGUGGUCUCCCACGUUUAUAAAAUCAUUCAAGAGUUGAAAUCCUCUCGUGUGCAGCAGCACUCAAGCGUCAGCUUCAGGGAGGAAACCUGCGAAACGAGCAUCGAGGUGCAGCUUCACCUUCGACCUGUCAGUUCAAGGUUGAACGCUUCACACGUGUGAUGUAGUUUUGAUCCUAUCCUGCAUUACUACUUUUUCGGUAGACAUUAGAGAGAACACAGAGCCCCAUAUAAACAAAUCACUAUUCUUCAGUGUGCAGGAGGAGAAAGGCCGGGGGGGAAGGGAAGCUAGCUGCAGGUUAUGUUUGAGUCAGUAUGUGUUAAAUAAAGAAAGGGCUGGGUCCAGGGUUUUAUAUUCUUUACAAAAAAAAAUCACUUAUUUUACCUUCGCUGGCUCCGCCACUCGGUCGAACCUGUGCUUUUUGAUGUAAGCAGUUUGUUUUCAUGUAUUAUACCGAGGUAGGACUGUGUAUUUGAUAAAUGAUCUAGCUGAGGAUAAAGUUUGAUGAAAAAAAUAUAUAUUGAGGAAAAAAAGCUUUUUAUAACAAAGUUGUGAUACCAAAAGCGAAUGUUGAUAUUCAGAGAGAAACGAAGUGUGAGGCCUAUUUAAGAAAAUAAAAGUACAGCUAGUGUUCAUGGUGUUACACUUGUUUCCUGAACUGACACGAGCACACGACAAGUCGCACACAGACGAUCAGUAGCAACGGACUGAGCAGAUGUUCAUUUUACUUUCUGCAAGUCAGGGUUGUUGAUUUUUUUCGAAAGUGAAUAUAUUGAUUUUGCAGGAUGUCGGGAUUUUCUUGUUUUGAUAAAAUGGACGAAGAAGAGACUGAUGAUAUUGUGGAAUGUCCCAUUGUAGAAAACGAUGUUUCUGUUUGAAAUGAAAUCACGAGAACACGCUGCAAACACAAAUCGGUAAAUAAGUGAGGAUUGAAAGUAGAAAUGUCGAUGCAGUGUUUGUGAACCACUUUUCACUCUUUAUUUUGAUGCCAUCCAGAUUUUUUUUUUAUACAGAAUUAUGAUAUUUUCUUUUCUGUAAAUCAAGGGUUAAAGUUUUGAUCAAGUGUCCUUCGGCAAAGUCCCCGACUUCUCUGUCUGCUCCCCAUGAACAAAACCCUCCAAUAAAUAUGUGAAAUUCAAAGGAACACUGAGGUAAAAUUGCACAAAAUGUUAAAGAAAAUUAAUGUAGGACAAAUUCUCUCACUUGAUGAUUAUGAAUCUGUAUUGUUUUGUAUUUAAAGGAAAAUUCCCAGUUGGCAAAAAAUGCCAAACACAGAUGCCAGCUGCUUCACCAACCAGAAGUGAAAACUAUAGUGACUUCACUAAUGUGCAAACAUUUCCCCCUGAAACAAAAACUCCCAUUGGUUCCAGAGAAUCGUCCUUGUUCUUGUUUUUAUAAACUUUUAAUAAUAUAUAAAAGGGGAAAUAAGUAUUUAAUGAUAAACUACAAGGGUGUUUUUUUUUUAUGAGAAUGUAAAGGAAAGUGUGUUAUCGAUAUCACAAGUACAACAAGGAAGUGCUGUGUUGCUGAUCCUGCUUUGAGAUCUGUUCUUAGCACAAGACUUAUUUGGGAUUUUCCAGACAUGACUCAAGCUUGCAGACAUCUUCUUCUUCUUUUUUUUUAAAUGCAUAUUUAGUCAUUGUGGCUCUUAAUGCUUUCCAAAGAGAAAUAUUGGAAAUAUGAGCUUUUAUUUCCAGGAUGAAUAACAGAUCAUUUCCUUUGUGAUGAAUGAUUGUUUUACUGUGGCCUAUUCUCAAAAACUGUAUUCACAGUACAAUUUGUUUUUUUGUAUUAUUAACAGACACAAAACUAUUUCUGCUUCAAAAAACCUGCCGCGAUUCUCACUAAACACUUUUGAAAAGGAAACAAACAUCACGAACACCCAGAGGAUUCAUAACUGUGUGAUUUACUCUUAUUAUUAUUAUUAUUAUUAUUAUGCUUUUGUCGUUUGAAUUGACGGUGCAGAGGAGAUUUAUUUAUCAUUUGAAGACGCUGGUAGCUUGUUGUCGCACCGAGCUUCAGUGUGUGUGACAAAGCAAUCGAUCACGUAUUCGUGUAUAACCUCUGUCCCUAUGUUAACCACUUGUAUGCUCAUACUCUGCUUUGUUAUUUUAUAGCACGUGUAAGGCUCACAGUUAUACACCUACUAUACAUAUUAUGAAUAUUUUCUCAUUAAAAACAAAACGUGUAGA